AGGCCACUAUGACAUAUCUAGGCGUUGGACCAAGGGGUGGAUAAACUAGGAAGGCACCAGUCUGGACUUUUCAGUGGUGGAGAGAGAGAGAUCAGCCGGAGGAGGAGAGGGAAGGCUCAGCAGAGAGGCUGCUUUAAAGAGGAACCCUUGGGCAGUUUGGGAUUCUACAGCUUGGCCGCUUCGGGGGCCUUCUGGACGGUGGACUGUAAGGACACCAGGGUUUGAGGAAGCCGGUUGAGCUGAAACUUGGUCCUCAUCCUCCUCGUGGUGGUGGUGGUGGUCUGGUCACCAUGCUGCUGCUCCUGCUGGGGAUCGUCGUCCUCCACGUCGUGGUGCUCAUCCUGCUCUUGGUCUCCACCAUCGUCAGCCAAUGGAUCAUCGGCCCAAACUACAAAGCGGACCUGUGGCAGAACUGUAGCGCCGACUCCGCCAACAGCAUCCAGCACUGCCUCACGUCCUCCAUAGAUGAAUGGCUGCAGUCCGUCCAGGCCACCAUGAUCUUGUCUAUCAUCUUCAGUGUCCUGUCCUUGUUCCUGUUCUUCUGCCAGCUGUUUACCCUCACCAAGGGAGGGCGUUUCUAUAUCACCGGCAUCUUCCAGAUUCUUGCCGGGCUGUGUGUGAUGAGCGGAGCGACCAUCUACACGGCGAAGCAUCACGAGUGGCAGGUGCCCGGCGAAUUCAACUAUGGUUUCGCCUACAUCUUGGCCUGGAUCUCCUUCCCGCUGGCCCUCAUCAGCGGUGCCAUCUACAUCAUCCUGAGGAAGCGCGAGUGAGCCGCCGCCGCCCACCCCGUGCCCACCUCCGCCACGUCGCCCCGGAGCCCACGGGAGAAGCUGGGGAAGGAGGAUGGAGACCGAGAAAUCCGCCAGAAGAUCCCCCCACACCCCAAAUACCCCCUCACCCGCCACGCCAAGCCAAAACAAGGGUUACUGUGUCGAUUGAAGAUGUAUAUAGUAUCUAUGGUUUCAACAGAACCUAUUUAUAACACUUUUUACAUAUAUGUACAUAGUAUUGUUUGCUUUGGGGAACCCUAAAGAAGUGCCUAAGGAACUUUUAAUGGUAAUAGUGGAACAAAAGCUCAGUAUUUUUUUAUUUUCGUUCCUCCUCUGCCAACUCCCACUCUAUGCAGGCUCCUCCCUUUCCACUCUUCCCCCCCAAACACUGUAGCCUGUCACAAAUCUUCCACUCCUUUCCUACCCCCACCUCAAUUUAAAAGCCAAAUCGCGGCCGGCCCCCUCAGACCCCCGACCUCCACAGGCUCGGGGGGCGGAGGGGCGGGGGGCCUUGGGCUAGGUGACCCUUUGGAUAAACCCAACUUCUCAGAAUGGGAUUUGGUCCAGGCUAAACAUGCCUCCAUCCAAUUCUGGCCAACUACUUGCACCCCUUGACAUGCAUGCAUACACACACACACACACACACACACACACACGCGCGCGCGCGCAAGCACGCGCACACGCAUGGCAACUUGGAAAAGAGCGUUUCCCUUUCAGGCGGGCGAAUCCAAAUCGACGAUGAAACCAGAAGUCUCCAAGACCAAACAUCGUGAAAUGGUGCUAUGUGUAUUGACCAUUCCUUAUAUUGCUGGCGGUUUAACCUACUCACUGGAAAUUCGCUUAACAAUUUUACAAGAAAAAUGCGAAUGAAGCAAUGGAAUAAUUCUGUGUAAUAUAAAUGGUCCGUAAUGGCUUUUGUACUUAGACUGGCUGCUGUUAUUAUCGUUGUGUUUUUUUUUUAAUUAAAUGUUUAUAACCCCAUUUUUUUUCCUUAGGGUCAGGAAUGUCAGAGCAAACUACUUUACUCUCUUGACCAGCCAGGAGUCCGCCGAGUGCAGCGUACCUAGACUUCUUUUCUGUGCUUCCCAGGUGUGUCUGGCAAUGACUGUAUUGGCAACCGACUGUAGAUGUCUGUACAGUGCCUUCUGAUGCUAAGACUCCCGACCUGAUUCGCUUUGCUUUUCUGAUUUUAUACCAAGCGUGUGGACUAAGAAGCAAUGAAAUAAAAGUCAGAAUAACCCCA